AAAAGGAUUAAACUCACACAAAAUGCAGAGCAAAGAAAUGGCAGACUCGGUCUUAAAAAUAUGAAAAAGGGAACAUUAACGUUGUAGCAGAACAAGCAAAGCCUCCUUGUCUUUCUCUGUUUUGUCUCUGUGAUUAACUUGUGAGCUAACUCAGUUUAGCUCAAGAGAGAAAAACAAUGAGUCAGGAAGCGUUUAUUUACAGCUUCGUUGCUCGAGGAACAACGAUCUUGGCCGAGUACACUGAGUUCACUGGAAAUUUCCCAGCAAUCGCAGCUCAGUGUUUGCAGAAACUCACUUCUUCCAACAACAAGUUUACUUACAACUGUGAUCACCAUACCUUUAAUUUUCUUGUUGAAGAUGGUUAUGUGUAUUGUGUUGUUGCAAAAGAUUCUGUUGGAAAGCAAAUCUCUAUAUCAUUUCUCGAACGAAUGAAAGUGGACUUCAAGAAACGAUACGGGGGUGGAAAAGCCGAUACAGCUAUGGCCAAAAGUCUCAAUAAGGAGUUCGGGCCGGUUUUGAAGGAACACAAGAAAUAUAUCAUUGAACAUGCUGAAGAAAUUGAGAAGCUAUUAAAGGUGAAGGCUCAAGUUUCAGAAGUUAAAAGUAUAAUGUUGGAGAAUAUUGACAAGGCAAUCGAUAGAGGAGAAAGCCUAACAACUCUGGCUGACAAAACUGAGAAUCUACAUGAUCAGGCCCAAGCUUACAAGAACCAAGGGACGAAAAUCCGUCGUAAAAUGUGGUAUCAAAACAUGAAGAUAAAGAUGGUAGUUCUCGGAAUCUUGCUACUUCUAGUACUCGUAAUCUGGGUUUCGGUUUGUCACGGAUUCGAUUGCAGCGACUAGCGGCAUCCAAAGUAAAGCUUGUGACACGCAUAUAUAUACCAAAUGAGCCAUUCAUCGAUUGUGUUUUAUUUCUUACCAUGUUUUCUGAAACACCAAAAACUGGAACAGGAAAGUGCAAUGAUGAAUGUACGACACAAAAAAUGCACUAUCAUUAGGCCUGCUUAUAGAGUUGAAAAUCUUUAUGCAAUAUAAUAUUUGGCUCUUAAAAAGGAA